ACCUCCUGGUGGUGCGUUUGUGGAACAGGAGUCUUCUAUCUGUCGAAAAUACAAUUUGUACCAUGCCAGCACAGGAGAAAGUAGUCCAAUAAUUCAACCAAUUCUGCUUACACGAAUGUAUCUCGCACGUGCGCGUGACAAUCAAUGCCUCGUUUCCAGAAUAAUUCUAUUCUGUGGAUAAGUGUCAUUUCUGGAUUAUUUUUGAUUGAUUCGUGUAGCUAACGUUGUUUGAUUGUAACGAGUUUUCUGGAAGCUUUAGAGGUGCUAGCUGAAGAGGGGACAUCUUCAAGUGCUAAACUGGGAAACAGAAAAUGUUAAAGAAAUGAUAGAGGCACAGGAGCUCCAUUCAGACUUUCACUUCCCUCAGGAAGCUGAUACUCAGCUAUCCUCUGACACUGAUCUUGAGGAUCUAGAGGGGCGCAAUGCAAAGCUUGGGAAAGCAAAGGUGCCCAGGCAGGGGAAGAAGGGGGCCGGUGAGAAGGGCAAAGGCUCAGCGGGCAAAGGUGGCGGGCAGAACAGAGUCAACGGCCACCACCAAGAGAAUGGCAUGGAAAACCUGACCCUUUUUGAGGUGGUCAAACUGGGCAAGAGUGCCAUGCAGUCGGUAGUAGAUGACUGGAUUGAGGCGUACAAAAAUGACAGGGACACUGCACUGCUGGAGCUUAUCAACUUCUUCAUCCAGUGUUCGGGCUGCAAAGGUGCUGUGAGCUCGGAAAUGUUCAGACACAUGCAGAACUCAGAGAUCAUCAGAAAGAUGACGGAAGAGUUUGAUGAGGACAGCGGAGAUUAUCCACUGACCAUGGCGGGGCCACAAUGGAAGAAGUUUAAGACAAAUUUCUGUGAGUUCAUCGGGGUUCUGGUGCGGCAGUGUCAGUACAGCACCAUCUAUGACGAGUACAUGAUGGACACGAUCAUCUCGCUGCUGACUGGCCUUUCUGACUCCCAGGUCCGAGCCUUCAGGCACACCAGCACGCUAGCAGCAAUGAAGCUGAUGACCGCUUUAGUGAAUGUAGCCCUAAACCUCAGCAUCAACAUGGACAACACUCAGAGACAGUAUGAGGCUGAGCGAAACAAAACCAUCGGAAAGCGUUCUGUGGAACGAGUGGAGCUACUGUUCCAAAAGCGCAAAGAGCUUCACGAAAAUCAAGAUGAAAUUGAAAAUAUGAUGAAUGCUAUCUUCAAAGGUGUUUUUAUACACCGUUAUCGUGAUGCAAUAGCAGAGAUCAGAGCCAUUUGUAUUGAGGAGAUCGGUGUUUGGAUGAAGAUGUACAGUGAUGCAUUUCUGAAUGACAGCUACCUGAAAUAUGUCGGUUGGACGUUGCAUGAUAAGCAAGGUGAGGUGCGUCUGAAGUGUCUAACGGCCCUGCAGGGUUUGUAUUAUAACCGGGAGCUCAACAGUCGCCUGGAGCUCUUCACCAGUCGCUUCAAGGAUCGCAUUGUGUCCAUGACUUUGGAUAAGGAGUAUGAUGUGGCCGUACAGGGUGUAAAACUCUUGACCUUGGUCCUACAGAGUGGUGAUGAGUGCCUGACCUCUGAAGACUGUGAGAGUGUCUAUCACCUGGUGUACUCGGCCCAUCGGCCCUUGGCUGUGGCGGCAGGGGAGUUCCUCUUCAAGAAGUUGUUUAGCAAUCGCAGUCCCGAGGAAGAUGGCAUGCCCAGAAGGGGAAGACAGAGUCGCAAUGCAAAUCUCAUCAAGACUACAGUUUUCUUCUUCCUGGAGAGUGAGCUCCAUGAGCACGGGGCGUACCUGGUGGACAGCCUGUGGGACUGUGCGUCGGACCUGCUGAAGGAUUGGGAGAGCAUGAUCAGCCUUCUGCUGGACGAGCCCUUCCCAGGAGAGGAAGAGCUGACGGACCGGCAGGAAACGGCUCUGAUUGAGAUCAUGCUGAGUGCCGUUCGCCAAGCCUGUGAGUGCCACCCACCUGUGGGGAGAGGAAGUGGCAAGAGGGUUCUCACAGCCAAAGAAAAAAAAACUCAGCUGGACGACCGGACAAGAAUCACAGAGAUGUUUGCUGUUGCUCUUCCAUUGUUACUAGCAAAGUACACGGUGGACGCAGCCAAGUUAACCAAUCUACUACAGCUGCCCCAGUACUUUGAGCUGGAGAUCUUCACCACUGGCAGAUUGGAGAAGCACUUGGAGUCUCUGCUCCGUCAGAUCCGUGAGGUGGUGGAGAAGCACACGGAGACUGACGUGCUGGAGGCCUGCUCCAGAACCUUCCACGCCCUCUCCAACGAGGAGUACACCAUCUUCAACCGCGUGGAUAUCGCGCGCAGUCAGCUCCUGGACGAACAGGUUGACAAGCUCAACCGUCUACUGGAGGAGUUUUUACAGGAGGGGGAGGAGACUGAUGAAGAUGAUGCGUAUCAGGUCUUGUCUACACUGAAAAGAAUCACAGCCUUCCAUAACGCUCAUGACCUCUCCAGGUGGGACUUGUUCACCAACCUCUACAGACUCCUCAACACUGGUCUGCAGAACGGGGACAUGCCACAACAGAUUGUGAUACACGCCUUGCAGUGCACACAUUUUUCCAUUCUGUGGCAACUCGCCAAGGUCUCCAAAGGCACUGCAAAACAGAGCGACAUGGGCAAUCUGAGGAAGCAGAUGAGAGCUUUCUGCCUGAUGUGUCAGCGUUACCUCACCAGCGUCAACACAGCUGUCAAAGAGCAGGCCUUCACCAUCCUGUGCGACGUGCUGCUGGUCUUCAGCCACCAGAUCGUGUCGUCUGGCCGCGAGGCCCUGGAGCCACUCAUCUACAACCCGGACUCGUCCCUACAGGCCGAUCUGCUCAGCUUCAUCCAGGACCACGUCUUCGUCUACCAGGAUGAAGAAAACAACACAGAUGAUCAGCGGUAUGACGAGGUAUGGAAAAUCGAAGCUCUUCACAAAAGACGGAACCUUCUGGCUGCGUACUGCAAACUCAUCAUUUAUAACGUGGUGGAGAUGAGCACUGGAGCAGACAUCUUCAAACAGUACAUGAGGUACUACAAUGACUACGGUGACAUCAUCAAAGAGACCAUGAGCAGAACCAGGCAGAUCGACAAGAUCCAGUGUGCCAAAACCCUCAUCCUCAGUCUCCAGCAGCUCUUUAACGAGAUGCUGUCGGAGCUGGGGUGUAACAUUGACCGCUCGUCGGCUGCAUUCUGUGGCAUUAAGGAGCUCGCCAGGCGCUUCUCUCUCACCUUUGGACUGGACCAGGUCAAGACCAGGGAAGCCAUCGCCAUGCUUCACAAGGACGGUAUAGAGUUUGCCUUCAAAGAGCCCAGCCCACAGGGAGAGGGCAAUCCUCCCCUACACUUGUCUUUCCUCGACAUCCUCAGUGAAUUCUCCUCGAAACUGUUGCGCCAGGACAAGAAGACUGUACACCUGUACCUGGAGCGUUUCAUGACGUUCCAGAUGGCUCUGCAGAGGGAGGACUGCUGGCUACCGCUCAUCUCCUACCGGAACUCUCUGCAGGCGGGUGCCGACGACGACACCAUGUCCGUCAUCAGUGGCAUCAGCAGCCGCGGCUCCACACGCAGCAAAAAGAGCAAAGCCCCCUCAGUCACUAGCAAGAGGAAACUACCGGAAGAGGAGGGUAGCUGCAGCAGCACAGAUACGGCCAUGUGGCUGAACCGCGAGCAGGGCGCCCAGACGCCGGUCAUGUUGCCGUCGCCACACCUCACCUCCACGGUGCUGCGCGAGCCCAAGAAGCUGCGGCAGGAGGAGGCCGGAGCCUACGUCUACGCCAUGGCCAACGAGCACCAGCCGCAGACCCCUCUGACCCCGCAUAGCCAGCCGCAGCCCACCAUGGACUACAACUCCCAGGUCACAUGGAUGCUGGCCCAGAGACAGCAAGCCGAGGCCAGACAGCAGCACGAGAGAGCCAGCAUGCACUACGCCAAGAUGAGGAGUCACAUGCAGCAUGCCAUCCGACGUGGAACUGGCUUAAUGGAAGAUGACGAGGAGCCCAUAGUGGAGGAUGUGAUGAUGUCAUCAGAGGAUCGACUAGAGGACCUGAAUGAGGGGAUGGACUUUGACACUAUGGAUAUUGACCUGCCUCCAUCCAAAAACCGUAGAGAGAGGACAGAACUCAAACCCGACUACUUUGAUCCAGCCUCCAUCAUGGAUGACUCAGUCCUUAAUGUCUCCAUGUUUUAAGCUCAAACACGUGGAGGAGGGAAGGAAGGCGGCACACAGUUUGCUUUGUUACAGAGGAUGAAAAAACUUUUUGGAGCCUGAGACUCAGUCUUCGUAGAGAAUCAUUGGGCAUUUCGGUGAUGCUGGACUUGAUACACGAGAGACCGCUUGAGCUGCCUCUCGGGUGAUAACCUUACACUCGUUAACUUUUUUGCCAAUCUGUGAGUAAGCUUCUGUCCUACUCUUGUAAACAAGUAGUUGGUAUAUUCAUUUCUUACACAAGGCAUGGCAUGUAGCCAUAGAUAUCAAAUCUAUUUACAGCAAGAAAAAUGUGAAAUGUCUUGGUCAGAAAAAAUCCUUUCCACGAAAUGUAAUAUAUGGAGUUCUCUCUCAAUCAUGGUAUUUUUUAAAUGAAAAUUUAAUUGGUCUGCUUUUUUAACAGAUAGAGGACUUUGAUUUAUAGAUAUUUUGUAAUGACAAUCAGAUGUAAAUCAGUACUUUAUAAAUGUGUUAUUACUCAAGAUGAGAACUUUAACCCUUUUCCCUUCGAGUUUCUUCUUUGGGAUACUGGGUCUGAGGUCCAGGGUAUCUCAACAUUUCAUGAACAUUUAUCAUUACCUCUUUCUUUAGCUGAUAAAGGUUGAUGCUUCCUAUCAUUUCCUGCAAGUCUAACACAGCUUUUUAAGGUUGCCCUUCUGCCUUCUGUUAACACAUACGUUGUGUUUGUUUUGUAUGUUAGAAUCCCAGUACCAUGAGCUUGUUGGUAGUGUAAGGGUAGCUAAGAGUAAAAUUGCCUGCUAGAAGAGGGACUUCAGUCACAGGGGCAUUUUCUACAAUACUCCACAUACAGUACUGAUCUGAUGUCUGAGAUGACGUUGACCAAGGACGACCAUUGGGUGUAGUGAUAGGGGAACUGUGGUGGCGAAGCACUGAUGUCUUUAAUAUUUAAUUGCAUUUAUUUAACACAGUUGGCAUUUUAGAAUACAAGCCCACAUACCUUUGGUGGAUCGGGGUGAGGGUGUUUGCGGUAGCAGAGGAUUUAUUCACUUAAAGUGAUAUUCCAGCACUAGACUCAAGAAACUUUAUUUUGUUCAGUGUUCAUAGUUGUUUAAAAUGGUUCUGUGGUGUUUUUAUCCAUUGUGUGGCUUUAGUUAGGUGUUUAAGUUUGAGAUGGGACAAAAAUGACACCCCAUAGGCUCCCAGCUGGAAUCAAUCUAAGACCACAAAUUACUUGAAAUUUAGAAAUGUUUUCAAAACGUCUAAAGCAGCAAAAAAAUAUCCCUCAAUAGUUGGAUUAUCACAGCCAUUUUAAAAUGGAGACCAGGUAAUAGGUUGAAUGUAUGUAUUAUUUUUUUUUUUUAGCCUGAGAUUGUUUGCUGCUCUGCACUGUUGGAAUGUUGUGGUCAGUGACCAGAAUGUGAACUUGAAUGUGGUAGUAGGUAAACAUGUGCAGCAGCAGCACUUGUCUCACAGGACCAGAUGGAACUUUUGCACUUAGUGACGUGAGUUCAGUCUGCACACAGCUCAGUGAAAUUGCGGUCUUGAAGUGCGUUGAAAAUGAAUGCACAUAAGGCGAGGCCAAUACAAGCUUUUAAUCUUCAGUUCACUCCCAACCUUCACAUGUCUGGGUACUUUUAGCCUCGCCCUCAAGACACGUUGGAUCGGUCUGGAAAGUUACAGCUUAAAUAUUUCUUUAGAGACAUUUAGGCCAAGUUUCUCUAUGGUCCUCUCCAGAUGUUCACGCUAAAGUUCUUACGGUUCUUUGACUGCACAUGACCAGUUCAGAAAUGUGUUUUGAUGUUCCAUGGAAGCCAUUGGAAGGAUCGGAGGACUAGGAGGACUGCUAGCCUGAUUUCACCAGACCCACUCACUUCGUGAAGAGUGGGUAAUCACCGUUGGGAAAUGUUUCCAAUACUAGCAUCGUAAUGAGUCUCGAUUUUGCGUUAACUUUGAAAUCAUUGGUCCUGCCUAACCAAUCACAUUGAUCUGGGAGGCCUAACAUUACUUCCUACUUCGCCUCACCUUUACAAACUGGCCAACUUGGCAGUCAGGAAACAACAUAUUUACCUUUGCUGUGUAAAUGUACACAUGUUCCCUUUGCUACUACUGUUUACCACUGCCACUUUUGAUUUCGACACUAAUGUCACCCCCUCUUGCCGCUGAUUGGUCCGCCAUCCUGGUGGCUGAGGGAAAUGUAAAUGCAUUGAGAGGAACCAGACUAGUAUUUCAGUGAAAUGAAAAUGGGCCCAGAAACUAGGUGGGCAUGGCCAGGCUAGAGGACUACACCUUUAAUGUAAAAUCUGAAGCGUUUGACCAAAAACACCCCAAAACCAUAUUAAUCAACUCUGACUGUGGAACAGAGUAUGUUUUCUUGAGGCUUUAUGUUGAAAUAUCACUUUAACUUACCUCUGAAAUGUAAAGUUUGAGCUAUUCAGAGAUGUUUUAGUUAUAUUACCGUCAUCUCUUGUUUAUUGCCCUGUUUUAUGAAUAAGAAAAUGUGCUUGGUAAAGAAUGUUUCUAAAAAAAACAAAAAAACAUUUUGAUUUUGAAAUCCUGAUAUUAUGAUAUAUUAUUAUAUAUCCUAAAAUGUAUAAUUUUAUAUUAUAUUGUUUAUGUGUGUGAUAUAAUGUGAAUUGGUGCUGAUUUCAUGUUUGUUCAUUUAUUUUAUGUUUUAAAUCUAAAGUUUUAGAAAAACUCUCCCUAUGGAGUUCUUCAGCUGUUCUUUCAAACCAACAGUUUUACACCAAGAGUUCUUACUCUCCUGAUAGAGGGUUUUUACUUUGUAGAAUUCUUUAGAGGCACAAAGAACCCCCCCACCCCACCCCCCAAACAAGAAACAAGAAGUUCUACACAGCAGAGGUUCUACACAACACCUCUUGCUUCAUACGGAACUCUUGAAGAACCCAUAUUUUAAGAGUGUAGAUUCAGGUUCACUAGAAGCUAGAAUGUAAGUAUACAGCUGAACUGCCUGACAUUGAAAUCACAUUGAACAUUUAUUUUUGUUUCUGUUGUAUUUUGUCAGUAGUAUUUGUUUCAUGUUUGACAAACCUUUUUCCCACUUUUUUCCUCUGUAUAUUUUUGGCUUGCCUAUUCCUAAUGUGCUUGUCAUGUUUCAAGUUUUUUUUCCCUUUCUUUGCUUGUGGAUGGGGUGUGGGGUGGGUGUAGACUUGUGAAUAUUGAGUUAGUGUGUUUCAAAUGUCUGACUUGGCUGAAAUAGAUCUAUUUUCUAAAGCAAGCAUCUGACCUCAAAGAGGCAGACUUGAAACCCUGAAUUGCUGAUUGUGUGUGUGUGUGUUUUUAGUUUGGACAAAAUCUUUUUUUUGUGUAUGUUGUUUCACCCAGAGUGAAAUACUGAUAUGUUCUAUUUUUUAUCCCUUACCUUCAUUUCCAUUGAACUGCUGAACGUCCGUGUAUGUGUAUACAGAUACAUGCAUAUGUCUGUAUAAACAUACACAUAUAAUAUAUUAAACUGUACAUAAACUCAGCUGUUUUGUAUUUCUAUUUACAAAGCGUCCACUAUACCAUCUCUGGUUUGUAUUUAUGUUUGGCCACGGUGACUUUGAGCAGAAUAAAGCCCCUACAUUGUGAUGA